GGGGUCGCAAGUCUCCACAAUCUGUGUGUGUUUGCGCAUUUUGGGCGACGUAGCCACAACUCUGACUUGCACCAUAUUAUUUGGCUCGUCUUUUCCGAACCACACUUUACGCCUCGCCUCAUCUCCAACCCUCACACUCCCUGUCCAUCCUCUCUCACGCCGCCUUUCUUUUGUGGACAAUCCAUCUCGUUAACCUCUGUCCCAUUAUUUCACUUUAUUUUUACGACUGCAAAGUCUCAUUGUACUGCCCCUGCCUCGUCUCACGCGCACACGGCAUUUCGAAGAGCUUCUGUUUUCCGAUUUUCGAUUCAUCGAACAAAAGCGAGGCCCAUCUUGCUCUGCUGUAAUUCCAUCUAUUGAUCGAACUCGACCGUAUAUCACCCCUUGAUAUUUCGACGUCAAAAGUCCGCAACGUCCCCAUCGUCCCCCGACAUUAUUGAUCGACUCUUAUCAACACUCGCACUUAAUCAACAUGGCGGAAACUAGUAUGAGCUAUCUCUACACUCUUGGAGGGUAUGCCACUCUAUUUGGUGUUGGUUAUGCUGUCUACCAUGUUUCAUCCCAGCAGCAGGCGCGCAAGCGCAGUCUUGCUCGUGGCGCAAAGGGUUCACAGCAGGAAGCCCCCAAGGAGGACAGCAAAAAGAAGCAGAGAAUGGCUGCAUUUGCACAAGAAGCGCAUGAAACUGCCAGUAAACCGUCAGCGCCUGCUCCUGAGCCGCAAAUUGCGAGCUCUAGCGCUGAUAAGGACUCUAUGGAUGACUCCAGAGCUACGCGGGAGUUCGCCCUACAGCUAGCCAAGGCUAAAGAGGGCACCAAGUUUGACAAGAAGUCGGAAAAUAAGCAGCAGAAAGAAAAGUCUGUGAAGCAGUCCAAGGCUAGCCAGCUUGCCGCCCCUAAGACACCAGCACAGCCCACUGACGACGAGCCUAUCGCCGGAUCCGAGCCGGAGGAGAUCUCCCCCGAUGUGCCUGAGGACGCUCAAGGCAACAUCCCAGCUGAGGCCGGGCGUGUGGAUGACAUGCUUGAGGCUAAGCCUGCCGGACCAUCUGUAUUGAGACUCACCAGCACUGCCCCUAAGGAGGAGAAGAAGAAGACGGCCAAGGCUCCCGAGAAGGUUGAAACUAAGAAACAGCGACAGAACCGCAGAAAGGCGGAGGCAGCUAAGGCUAUGGCUGCCGAGGCUGAGGCACACCGCAAGGUCCUGGAAGAGAAGCAGCGCCGCACUGCUCGCAUUGCUGACGGACGUGCUGCCAAGGAUGGAUCACAGUUUACUAAUGCUGCUGUAUCUGCUUGGAAGCAGGGCUCGCCAAAUGGUCACUCUGCUCCCACGAACGGCUUCCACACACCCCUCGACACCUCUGAAUUGGUGGAUGCUCCUGCUGCCGCUGUACCUGUGGCGGUUAAGACAACGCCCAAAUCGGCUGCCAAACCAGUUGAACCCGUUGUAGUACAACAGCAAGACAACGAUGAUGAGUGGAACACUGUCCAAACCAAGUCAUCAAAGAAAAAGGCUGCGGUACCGCUAGAGGCUGUGGCGGAGGCCACGAAGCCUGUCCCUGCGCCUGUGGCUGCUCGGGCUCCCACCGUCGCUAAGAAAGUAAACUUCGGCGCUUUCUCAGCUCUCACUAACGAUGAUGAUGAGGAAGAAGAGGAAGAGGAAGAGUGGGAUGUUUAAGCAAACAUGUCACGGUCUGGAAUAUAAUCCCUCGCCUCCACCUCUAAAACACCUGAUUACGAUGAACUACCUUUCAGCAUCUGUACUAUAUGUACCAACCACACACGCGCCAUAUCUCAGCCGCGAUUUCCCCCUCUGCUAAUUAGAGUCAAAAGACCUUGUUGGCCACCGAAAAUGCGUCUACGGACAGGAUCAACAAUAUCAAGCAUGCGAUUACUGUGACAUAGACAGAUACUGUCGCUUACUUGCUUGUCUGAUUUGAGCCGCCUUUCGUUUUGUUUCUAUUUACUUGUGGGUAUUUAUUUCCCCAUUCUUGUUUUAUUUCUUUUCUUUUCGUCUUCUUUUUUUCUUUCGCUAUGCCAUUCUCGUGACAUCUAGAAGCAGACAAGGUUCUGGGGUAUAGGGAGGGAGACCUGGCGCGUUCUGGAGAGCAAUAGACGACUACGUCAGAUACUUCAAUUGACUUGAGUUCAAUCU